AUGAGUGAAAAGAAAGUUAGGAGGAAGAGGAGUAUUAUGGUGAUAAACGGAAAGGGAGAAGCGGAGAAUCUUGAGAAGAAGUCAAGAGAUGUUGAAGGAGUGGAGGAUACAAAUGCAGUGAGUGGGGGUGAAAGCAACGCAGUAGGCAGUGUGAAAAAUGGUAUGGCAAAUGACAAGGAAAAUGAAAUAAUGAGCAAUGCAGGGAGUGUAGUUUAUGAUCAGAAGGAUGUUGGUGUAAUGAGUAGCGGCAAAGACGUGGGUGAAAAAAGCACAGAAGCAAGUAUGCCGAAGAACGAAGAUAAGCAACAGGAGAAUCAUGAUGGCAAUAAGGGGGAUAGUGUGGGCAAGAAAGCGGUGAUUAAUGAGCAGCAUAACAAAGAGUACACUGUUCCAAAGGAUGGGGAAAGGUCUGAUCACUUGGGACCAGAAAUGCCAUCAGAUGGAAAGACAAAGUAUGUAGGAAAAGAAGCAGCAGAAGAAAGUACAGAAGCAAGAAAAGGAGAGGAGAUGUUUAUGCCGCCGGUGUUGCUUUUGAACGAUAUCAACACCAACUCCGAGAUAUUCAAGCAAAGAGAAGAUGGAAAUGUUGUAGCCGAAGGAUGGAUCUGGAAGAAAAGAAGGUUUUUCAGUUGCUUCUGGCAUCAAAAGUACUUUGUUCUCACGAAGGAUGGGAUAUUGAAGUACUACAAGGUUAAUGGGAUGAAGUAUGCAAAGGGAAAUUGGGACAUCAAGGAAACUAAGGAAAUCAGGCACUAUGAUCUUGCAUCUGGUGAUCGUCAUCCGUACAGGCUUGUGGUAACAGUUGACACGGAUUCGUUUAUUUUGUCAUUUGACGAGAAGGAUGUGAAGGAGUAUUGGGUGUCCAGGAUUGCUGAAGUUUCUGAGAAGUCGAAGAAUGAAGUCUCACGGAACGGUAAUAUCCAUAGCUCUCGCAAGUAA